GAGAGAUAUCCUUUUGUAGCGUAAUGCCAGUGCUUCGGCUUCGAUCUUUUCAACAUUUCUAAUCUACUUACCACCCUACAAUGAAGUGAAACUACGGAGUUUGUGACAGUUGGGUACUUGCAAUGAUUACCCAGUAUCAUUUCAGGUGCCGUGUUUAUUCGUAAUGUUUUCGUUGUAAUCUCUCCUUUUUGCUUAGACCAGAAGUGCUUUUUCAACUUACAAUGCUCCUCGUCGGUAGUUCAUGUUUCAAUAUGGCUGGACUUCGCUGCAAGUGCUUUCCGAGUUUUUGAAAUCAGCAUGAAAGUUGAGGUCUCUUUCACAAGUCGAGAGUGUGAGAGGGAUCACGUGACAUGUUCACCCAACCUCAGGUCAUUACGCAUCACAGUGUCGAUAGCCACAGCAGUGAAUCAUCGAGCGUCAUCCAUCAUAAGAAGCGUAAGUUAGACCACGGGAACCACCACCACCACCAUCAUCAGCUGAGCUCUUCAGAUGUAUCCUCCACGACCAAUGUCAACUACGCGACUGUGAGCGAUUACCGCUCGCAACACCAUCGCUCUUCCAACAGCAAUGUCCAUCACGUCAUCAAGACGAGCCCCAGUUGCAGCUCUGCCGUUAUUUCUCUCAACAAUGUCCCUCAGAAUUACAUUCGAGCCUCAACAAUAAAACUCCUUGAUACUUACCAGCGCUGCGGACAAAAGCGAAAAUCUUGUGAAAACGGUAAUGGUGGAGAUCGCACUGGGCCAAGUUCUACAACGACGACGCACAGCAAGGGAGCAGGUGCCGCCGCUCAGACAACCAACUCUGCCGGAGCGGACGGCGAUUACCAACUUGUCCAGCACGAAGUGUUAUACUCUAUGACCAACCAGUAUGAAGUGUUAGAAUUCUUAGGCAGGGGCACUUUUGGACAGGUUGUAAAAUGUUGGAAAAAAGGAACGAACGAAAUUGUCGCGAUCAAAAUUUUGAAGAACCAUCCUUCUUAUGCAAGGCAGGGACAGAUUGAGGUAAGCAUAUUGUCCCAGCUUAGCAAGGAAAAUGCAGAUGAAUUCAAUUUUGUUCGGGCCUACGAGUGUUUCCAACACAAGAACCACACGUGUCUUGUGUUUGAAAUGCUCGAGCAAAACCUCUACGACUUCCUCAAGCAGAAGAAAUACAGUCCUCUCAAAUACAUUCGACCAAUUUUGCAACAAGUAUUGACUGCUUUGCUGAAACUGAAGCAACUGGGAUUCAUCCAUGCUGACUUGAAACCGGAAAACAUAAUGUUAGUUGACCCUGUGCGCCAACCGUAUCGGGUGAAAGUGAUAGACUUCGGUAGUGCCUCUCAUAUAAGUAAAGCUGUUUGCAAUACUUACUUACAAAGCCGUUACUACAGAGCACCUGAAAUUAUCCUUGGGCUGCCGUUUUGUGAAGCAAUCGAUAUGUGGUCGUUAGGCUGUGUUGUUGCAGAGUUGUUUUUAGGUUGGCCCCUUUAUCCUGGUUCCUCUGAGUAUGACCAAAUUCGCUACAUCAGCCAAACUCAGGGACUGCCUACCGAACAUAUGCUCAACAAUGCAUCAAAAACCACAAAGUUCUUCUAUCGAGAUAUGGACAGCACGUAUCCAUUUUGGAGGCUCAAAACACCAGAGGAGUACGAAUCUGAAACAGCAAUCAAGACGAAGGAAGCCCGGAAGUACAUUUUCAACUGCUUGGAUGACAUCGGACAAGUAAAUGUGCCUGCUGACUUGGAGGGUGGCGAGCUACUAGCUGAGAAAGCUGAUAGACGAGAGUUUAUCGACUUACUCAAACGAAUGUUGACCAUGGACCAGGUGGAACGCCGCAUCACGCCAGGAGAAGCACUGAAUCAUCCAUUCGUUACUCUAGCCCAUCUUGUUGACUAUGCGCACUGCAACAAUGUGAAAGCGAGUGUGCAGAUGAUGGAAGUCUGUCGCAGAUCAAACUCUUCAUCUUCUCACCAAACGCCACCUCAAGUUGUUGCGAAUUUAGUACCAUCCACCAAUGGGAAUGUCACCCUUACAUUCAAUAACCAACUCACUAAUCAAGUACAGCGCAUCGCUCGCCCUCCGCCUCCGGUCACAGGGUUUGACAACCUGUAUCAGCUUUAUAACAACAGCAGACGUGGUUACAGUGGCUCCUCCCGGGCAGAUCCAUUCCAACAUCCACUUUCAAUUCUUGGUUACCAAGCAAUGGGCUCACCAGCCAAACAUGUGACAGUUGUCUCUCAGCAGCCUCCACCGCAGCUUCAAAUUCAGCCCCCGAUCAUUUCCCAACAGGUACUUUGUUCUGAUCAGGGUCAGCAGUAUGUUGUCGAGUCAGGUGGCAGAGGAAUGCUGGCAGUUCAAACUCCGUGGCCAACAGGUCGCCAGAUGACACUUGUGCCCUCGUGGCAACAGCCACUUUCCGAUCAUAUAACUGACUGGUCACGUCCUCUGCUCGUUGAUUCUUCUGCAUUAAUCCAGGAACAGCGUCCUGCAGUUUUUGCAACAGAAGUCUAUGAAAGCUUGGUUGAAAGUCCAAAUUCUGGCUGGAACAAAAGAAGUAGCAAAAUGUCAGGUGCUCAGACGAUCGCCCAGGCCCACCAUCAUCUAGCUCCCACUGUUGCGCAUAAAACCCACACACAGUUGAGUCCUUUGAAGAAACGUGUUAAAGAGGGAACUCCUCCAAAUGAAACAGGUUCAACUCGAAGUGGCCGUAGCAUUGUUCGACACUCUCCCAAUUACUCCAACAAUAACCAUUGGCAUAAUCACAAUAGCAGCUCUUACAGUAAUCAUAACAACAAUAACAGCAGCAACAACAAUAACAGUAAUACAAAUUGCAACAGUGGCAGCAACAGUAACAUUAAUGGAAGUAACAACAACUCGAUCAACUCGGUGGCGAACAAUGUAAAUAAUAAUCAUGUUUCCCAUUCUCAAAAUUCCCGGCAGCAAACAAUUACAAUUCAUGAUACUCCUUCACCAGCUGUAUCAGUCAUAACUAUUUCUGACAGUGAUGAUGACAACCCUCCGAAAUGCAAUCCCUCUGCAGUGACAACGACGCAGGCCACAAAUGGGCAUAGCAAUUUAAUUUCCUGCGUAACUGUACCUGACAGUGAUCCGGAGGAACAAACAGUUUUGUAUCACAUGCAGUCCCACUCUUCGCCCAUCAUAUACCAUCAUUCAAAUAAACUUCCGAGUUUUUUUGUUGCCACUCGAAGCCCAAAACAAGAAGUUGUCUCUUCUCAGAUGUAUUAUCAACCGCCACAGCUUGUUCGAGAAAUAAAACAUGAACCACCAAUAAACUCAACCAGUCGUUCAUACAGUGGUAACUAUUCCUCGGUUGGUGCAUCGCAGUCUCAAAAGAAGCGGCUUCUCGCCAAAGCUCAAUCGGAAUGCUUAAACAACAACAUCGUAACAAAACAAGAACCCCACAGUAUCCCCCCUGCAGAGCUUCAAUACCAGCAAGUUUGUCAUGGAGCGCCCAACUGCAAGGAAUCCUAUCAUUUUGUUACACCAGCACAGGAUCAGCAUAUUGUGUACACUGGUGACAAACGCCUAUCAUAUGCUGUACCACAUCAUAAGAGAGGAGGAGAGUCAAGCCGUUCCGAUUAUCAUCAAAUGCAACCGCCUGCAGCUCACUCAAGCCGAGAACAUCUCAUCACCAAACCAUCCUGGCCUCCCCAAGCCAUCCCUAUCCACCAAUCUUACAGUGGAUCUCAUCUUUCUCCUCAAGGACGGGGUUUGUCUCCAUUGGCAGGACAACCUCUCUAUCAUCAGGGUGAAUUGUAUCGCCGUCCUGUUUACGUAACCACAACUCAGCCCUAUCUUCCACCACCUCCUCACCAGUCAGCAACAGCCUUUACAACAGGACGUGCUAUACCGCCACCUGCACAUCAUGCAAGCGCACGACCGUUGUUGACAACCCACCCCUCUCAUCCGUUGCCUGCGCAUAUGCAGUCAGCAGCAGUUUUCCCAGCUGCUGCUUCAUACGGGUUUCUGAGCCCGGCUAAAUCCCAUCAAUACCAUCAACCAACAGGAUUAUGGUUUCCUGAGUAGCAGUCAAUUUUGACUCCAUUUUGGUGUUGGAUGAAGCGGUAGUUGUGUUGACAAGAGAUCUGCGAGUACUUGGUUGCAACCUGACUUAGUUGCACGAGGCACUUAGCCAUCUGUUCGUACUGAGAUCAUGUUUGUUAGUGAUUGCGGUCAUCAGAAUCACGAAUAGCUGUAAAUACAGUGUAAAGCUAGUACUUGGAUACGUCUCAAUAUUUCAAUUUAGACUUGGACCAAGAUUAUAAUAUUGUGCUUGGGUACUUAGCUGUCAUUAUAAUUUUAAUAUUGCUCUAUCAGUAAAUUGGUUAUGUCUCUUGAUUGUUAAUCUUUUAGUCAUCUGCCGUGUGAUAUUUUAGUAGAUCAAACUAUGUAUUUAGUUUAUAUUCUUGUAUUUUCAGUUUCUCUUGCUUUUAUUUACUAAUUCUUAUCAUAGACUUUCAACCAUCUGCAGCUGGAAAUGAAAAAACAGUUACUAAUGUUUUCUAAAAUCAUCAUGGGAAUAUUGAAUGUUCAUGUAAAAUGAACAGCCUAGCCUGUCUUUAGAUUAAAAUUUUUUGUUGGUUUACCUCUGCAUGGAAGUGGUACAUUCUUAUUUUGGGUAAACCAUUAGUUUUAUUUUUUCUUCAGUUGCUGAUUUUUUUCAAUUAUGGUCAGCACACUCAGGUUCUCCUCUGAAAAGUUGCACGGAAUGAGCAUAUGCUCCUAAAAUUUCCAACAGAGUCCCCUCAUGUGGAUCGAACAGAGAAAACCCACUUUGAAUGCUUUGUGUUUCAUUUUGUAUUCAGCUCAAUGUGAUUGUUAGAUCAUAGUUCUCUGCAAGUAUGUCUAAAAUUGAAUGUAAAUGAAUUAUAACUUAGACGUUGAGCACAACAUGUGUUAUUUUCAACCAAGAACAAUGUCCCUUUCUAUGUCUGGCGAAGGUACAUGUGUGUCCUGUACGAGUAUUUAAUUUAACGUAUUUGGAGGCAGUAGUAAUGCUAACUAUGAGUCUACUGCUGAUCUAAUCUCAGAACACUCUUCAUGAUAGCUACUGAGAGGUGGUGCUAGCGUAGCUGUAAUUAUUGAUGGGGACUCCCAAAAUAUUGGAGAAAAUUUUGCUGGAUUAUAUGUUUCCACUCUUGACACCGGAGUUAUGAUUGUUUGUGACAUCAAUCAAACGUUGAAGAAGUGAAUGCACAUUAAUCAUGAAUUAAUAUUCAAAUUAAUUUUAUUCACUUAUUUGUUAUUGUUAUUUCUUUUUUUCCUUUUAAUCACAUCGUUGUUAAGUAUGAGUCUAUCCUAGUGAUAUUCAGUGUUAGAUACCUACUUGCUUUGUGUGUUUUAACAAUUAUUCUUAACAAAUUCUUUGUAUAGUAGGCUCAUUAUUUUCAUGUAAUCUUAAUCAGUCGAAAUUUCCUUUUACAAGUAAGCGAUAACACAUAAUAAUCUAAAUCACACCUCUAUCAUAAAUUGUGUUGAUCUUUUUGGCAAAUAGAUCGUCGAAUUUAAGAGCCUGAAACCUGUCUGUAACAGCAUGAA